AUGACUAGCGUAGCUAACGCCCUUCAAAGGUUUAAGAAACUGGACGAAGAAUGGCGCUCAUCAUUGCAGCGCAUUUCCCGUGCUACACCGGAGAAAACCUGUCAAGCUGUCGUCGUGACUGACGAAGCAAUGGACACCAGAGCCGAAGAUGACAGUGAAUCAGUCACUGAAGACAGGCGUGAAACUUUUGGCAAGCCUGGUAAGAAAAAAAAUAGAACCUCUCCAGACCCAACAUUCAGCCAAGCAACAAAGAAGAAGGACCUGAAGAAAAGCUCUCUGCAAAGAACAGCACUGCGAAGCGACGAACAGAUGAAAGCGUCAGCUUGGCAACGAGUUCAGUCUAAAAAAGAACAAAAAAGGCAAAGGAAAGAGCAGUUCCCAAAGCAACCGCCGAAAGAGCCCCCGCCAGAACCUAAGCGGAAGAAACCGCGAAAUAUUGCGUCUAUUGACAAAGGCCAAGCCUUGCAAAAGGCCAUCACGGACGUUCUUAAAAAAGAGGCCGAAGUAAUCUGCAAAGGACCGCAGGCCGCAGGAGACCAUCGAGAUCCGAGACAUUGA